GCCGAUAUAUUUACAAAACCACUUGGGAGAGAUUCUUUUGCGAGGUUUCGUAUCAAGUUAGGCAUACAAAACCUGUAUGCUCCAACUUGAGGGGGGGUGUUGGAGAUGGAUCCGAUUAUCUUACGGUUCACACAUGGUUAAGAAGACUUGGUCAUCAAGUUGUUCGUGAAUCUCUCGUGAUCAGCUGAGUUAAUUAGUUUCCUUAAUAUGCAGAGAUAUGAUUGGUACAGAUACGCUUUUGUGAAUAUAUAUGUAUGGAGAUCGAAUAUCAAUAAGACACACAGAAAACUUUUGAUCCUCUGUUUCUUCAUUAAUGUUUUCAGAUCAUCAAAACAUAGAAGCAAACCUGACAGGUCAAGAGGAAAUGACUACCACUAUGGAAAUCGAAUCAUCGUUCGUACCUCAAUCGAAGAACUACAAAAGGUGGUUUCGUAUUUCCACUUAUGUGUUCUUUGUCCUUGCCUGCCAAGCACUUUCUACAAUUCUAGGAAGAUUGUACUAUGAAAACGGUGGGAAGAGUACAUGGAUGGGAACACUUGUCCAACUUAUCGGCUUCCCUGUUCUGUUUCUCUUCCGCUUCUUUUCCCAAAUCAAAAUUCCUAAAUCAACAACAGAUGCAGAUUUCAGACACUUCCCUUCAUUCACCACCCUUGCAUCAGUUUACAUUGUUGUUGGACUGUUAGGGGCUGCUGUUUCUUAUAUGUCCUCUGUUGGGUUGCUCUACUUACCAGUUUCUACUUUCUCCCUUAUCUUGGCCUCACAGUUGGCCUUCACUGCCUUCUUCUCUUAUUUCCUGAACUCACAGAAGUUCACACCUUUUAUUGUGAAUUCUCUAUUUCUCCUUACUAUUUCCUCUGCCCUCCUCGUGGUCAACACUGAUUCAGAAAACACAACAGAAGCGUCUAGAGUAAAAUAUGUGAUAGGGUUCAUAUGUACCGUUGGUGCUUCUGCUGGGAUUGGACUGUUGCUAUCUCUGGUACAGCUAAUCCUCAGGGAGGUUAUAAAGAAGCAAACAUUCUCAACGGUCAUGGACAUGGUCGCCUACCAAUCUCUAGUUGCAAGCUGUGUGGUUCUCAUAGGACUUUUUGCUAGUGGGGAGUGGAAAACUUUAACAAGUGAGAUGGAAAGCUACAAAUUGGGGAAAGCGCCCUACGUUAUGACUUUGGCCUCAGCAGCUAUAUCUUGGCAAGUCUACACCAUUGGUGUUGUGGGAUUGAUCUUCGAGUCCUCUUCUGUGUUCUCCAAUUCCAUAUCUGUUGUGGGGUUGCCUAUAGUUCCAGUUGUAGCAGUGACUGUUUUCCAUGAUAAAAUGAAUGCUUCAAAGAUCUUCUCCAUCAUUUUAGCUAUCUGGGGGUUCAUUUCAUAUGUUUAUCAGCACUACCUUGACGAAAAGAAGUUGAAGAAUAGCCACACAAGUCCUGCUGGAGGUCCUCACCUACCUGUUACAGAAGGUCACACAAACAUACAAAGUGUGUGAUCAGGCAAUACUGUAUAAAGCUCAUGUCUCUGUAUUUGAUAAGUAAGUGAUCAUGAUAUUUUGUACAUAAGAUACCAAUUAAUAUUUUAGAUUUGUUUUUAA